AUGGUCGCUCUCAACCCCAGUACCGCUCAACCCGAGCUCGCCGGCAAAGUCGCCCUAGUCACCGGUGGUGGCCGAGGCAUUGGAUCCGGCAUUGCCCUUGAGCUAGCAAAGAAAGGUGCUUCCGUGGCAAUCAACUACGCCAGCAGCUCUAAGACUGCCGACGCAGUCGUGCAGGAGAUCAAAGCCCUAGGCGUCCAAGGCGCUGCCUUCCAAGCCGACUUGACCAACGUUGAUUCCAUCGAAGCUCUAUUCCGCCAGGUUAUGGCACACUUCGGGCAACUGGACAUUGUUGUCUCUAAUGCUGGAACGGAGAAGUUCGUUUCUCUGGCUGACACCACGUUGACCGAUUUCAACGACGUAUUCGAUCUCAACACCCGCGCUCAGUUCUUCGUCGCGAAGAACGCUUACGACCACAUCAACCCCGGCGGCCGUGUUGUGCUAAUGUCCUCCAUUGCUGCCGGUGUUGGUGUCCCCGGCCACUCCCUCUAUGCGGGUAGCAAGAGUGCCGUUGAGGGCUUUACUCGCUGCUUUGCUGCGGACUUUGGAAAGAAGAGGUGCACGGUCAAUGCUAUUGCCCCUGCUGGUGUCAAGAGUGACAUGUGGAUGAGCAACUCGUGGCGUUAUGCGCCUGGCUGCGACAAGAACUCGUCCAUCGAGGAGAUAGAGGAGGCUCUGGCCAAUGGCAGCCCUCUGAAGCGUUGUGGUGUGCCGGCGGAUAUUGGCCGCAUUGUGGCAUUCUUGGCUAGCCCCGCGGGAGAAUGGAUCAACGGUGAGUUUGGAAUGCGGAAUCUGCCCCUUUGGACAUCGAACUAA